ACCAGAAUUCAUAUCCAUUGGUCAGGGGCAAAUACCAAGGACUCUGUAUGCUCAGUCACUCUGUGCCACUUCAUCAAGUCGGAGCCAAAGAAAUCUUGAAAGAUGAGAAUACUAGCAAGAAUUGUCCUGGUCCUUGUCAUCAUUGAUGCUAUAUUGGCUGCACCAACGACAGAGCUCUUUAACUAUGACUCAGAAGUAUAUGAUGCCAUCUUGGAGGACACAGGGACCUAUUAUAACUAUGAACACAUUCCUGACAACCAAGUAGAGACUGAGAAAGUCACAGAGAGGCUUUCUGGGAAUAGAGAGCUCCUCACCCCAGGCCCACCUCUAGAAGACAACCAGGAUGAGGAUAAAGAUGAAGAAUCUACUCCUAGGCUGAUCGAUGGCUCUUCCCCACAGGAGCCAGAAUUCCCAGGGCUUUUGGGUCCACACACCAAUGAAGACUUUCCAACCUGCCUUUUGUGUACUUGUAUAAGUACCACUGUAUACUGCGAUGACCAUGAACUUGAUGCCAUUCCUCCACUGCCCAAGAAGACUACAUAUUUCUAUUCACGGUUUAACAGAAUUAAAAAGAUCAACAAAAAUGACUUUGCAAGCUUAAGUGAUUUAAAAAGGAUUGAUCUGACAUCAAAUUUAAUAUCCGAGAUUGAUGAAGAUGCAUUCCGAAAGCUGCCUCGCCUCCAAGAGCUGGUUCUGCGUGACAAUAAGAUAAAGCAGCUUCCAGAAUUGCCAAACACUUUGACAUUUAUUGAUAUCAGCAACAAUAGACUCGGAAGGAAAGGCAUUAAGCAAGAAGCAUUUAAAGAUAUGUAUGAUCUCCACCAUCUCUACAUCACGGAUAACAGCUUGGAUCAUAUCCCUCUACCACUCCCAGAAAGUCUGCGGGCUCUUCACCUCCAGAAUAAUGACAUUCUGGAGAUGCAUGAGGAUACUUUCUGUAAUGUUAAAAACUUAACUUAUGUUCGUAAGGCAUUAGAGGAUAUUCGACUGGAUGGGAACCCUAUCAACCUCAGCAAAACUCCUCAAGCAUACAUGUGUCUACCUCGCUUGCCCAUUGGAAGUUUUAUCUAAUGUUAGAAUGUUAGGCAAACAUCAGAAUUGUGAUGCUUUCUGUAGCCAAGUGAAGCAUAUCUCUCUUCAGAAACCAACUCAGUAUAUUUCAGAUGUGUUACAAAGUUGGGCAUGAUUAUAUAAACAAUAAGCUAAGGGUGUUAUGAUAACAUAAGAGUUCAAUAAUUUAACUAAACCUGAUUAAGUAUAAAUUUACAAAAUAUACGGACAGUAAAUGAAAUAGCUACAUAUUUCAACUAGUUAUCAAAUUUCAUAGAAUUGAAAAUUGUAGGUCUUCAUGUCAAGUUAAAUAUAUAAGAAAUAAAACAUUUGAAAUGAAUACUUUCGAUAUGUUGCUAAGAUGUAGGCAUUUUUAAUUAAAGUUCUCCAGCCUUUAUCUUCACUGAUGUAUGUUUCCACCUAAUUCAUUUACGAGCACAAAGAUAAUAUUAAAUGUGUUUAAAACAUAUUGUCUUGUGAGAAAGUAUUUCUUAUAAUCAUAGUAAACAAAUAACUGUAAGCGAUAGCAAUACACAUUUCUUCAGUUUCUUAAUGACAUCUAUCAUUUUUAAGAUCAUCAACUUAUUUUACAGUCUUGAUUAGCUACGUGCAUUCCUCUACAGUCGAAAAAUGAAAUAUGGGAUAU